UUGUCAUACACUGGGAAGGUGAUGUUAUGCACCGUACGAACCAUGGCUGGGUGGAUUAUAUGAACGGUAUCUAUCCGAAGUUCAAGAACAUUAUGGACAAUGACGAUCUAAAAUACACAAUGAGUCAAUAAAACCAAGAUUCAAUACAUAUUCGGGUGAUUCACCAAAGUGUCUCAUCAUGUCAGUCAAUCGCUGUAUGCAUUUAUUUCGGCUGCGACGCCGAAUGAGUGCGUUGACUCUAAGUAGCACGGGUGCCUUGCCUGACAGUCGGGUCUGUUAUGGUUCUACGCUGAGGUCAAACCAGCACUCACCCAACUCCCUGAGCUGCAUUCGAGGUAUCUCUUCAAACAGUUCUUCUUCCACAACGCCCGAUACCUCGCUUUUUGUCCCUCUCGCUUUCAAGGCAGAUGGCUCUGUUGAGGGAAGUGUGGGAGCAGAGUUGACACAACCACUGGAUAAAAGCGAGCUUCUCAAAGUACUAAACCGAUUCUAUAAGAGGAAAGAGAUGCAGAAGCUGGCAGCUGACCAGGGCCUAGAUGCACGGUUGUUUCACCAGGCGUUCAUCAGUUUUAGGAAGUAUGUUUUGGAGAUGAAUGCCCUUGGGGCCGCCCUGCACAUCAUCCUGAAUGACAUCUGCUGUGGGGCGGGUCAUAUAGACGACAUCUUCCCAUACUUCAUGCUUCAUGCCAAGCAGAUCUUCCCCAUGUUGGACUGUAUGGACGACCUGAGGAAGAUCUCUGACCUCCGGGUCCCUGCCAACUGGUAUCCAGAGGCUCGGGCUAUACAGAGGAAGGUGAUCUUCCACGCUGGGCCGACCAACAGUGGGAAAACAUACCAGGCCAUCCAGCGUUACCUUACUGCCAAGUCGGGAGUUUACUGCGGUCCGCUGAAGCUCCUGGCCCACGAGAUCUUUGAGAAGACCAACGGCAUGGGUGUGAUGUGUGACCUGGUAACGGGUGAGGACAGGACCUUCAUGGACCCAGAGGGCAGACCUGCCGGCCAUGUGGCCUGCACCAUCGAGAUGUGUAGCGUCAACACGCCAUACGAGGUGGCUGUGAUCGAUGAAAUCCAAAUGAUCAGAGACACUUCCAGAGGCUGGGCCUGGACCAGAGCACUGCUGGGUCUUUGUGCAGAGGAGAUCCACGUCUGCGGGGAGCCGGCUGCUAUCGACUUUGUCAGAGAGCUGAUGUACACCACAGGAGAGGAGAUGGAGGUCCACACGUACAAGCGCUUGACCCCGUUCUCCAUCUCGGACAGCGCGCUGGAGUCUCUGGACAACCUGCGACCGGGGGACUGCAUCGUCUGCUUCAGUAAGAACGACAUCUACUCCAUCAGCAGACAAAUCGAAGUCCGAGGACUGGAGUGUGCGGUCAUAUACGGCAGCCUGCCACCAGGUACCAAGCUGUCCCAGGCCAAGAAGUUCAACGACCCUGAGGACCCCUGCAAGAUCCUUGUCGCCACGGAUGCCAUCGGCAUGGGCCUCAACCUGAGCAUAAGGCGCAUCAUCUUUAACAGCCUGGUGAAGCCAAACGUCAACGAAAAGGGGGAGAAGCACAUGGAAACAAUCAGCACGUCCCAGGCCCUGCAGAUCGCCGGCCGCGCGGGAAGGUUCUCCUCCAAGUUCACGGAGGGAGAGGUGACCACCAUGCACCGCGACGACCUGGUCGUCCUCAAGGAUAUCCUCAGCCGCGCUGUGGAGCCUAUCCAGACUGCUGGUCUCCAUCCCACCGCCGAGCAGAUAGAGUUGUUUGCCUAUCAUCUACCUGACGCCACGUUGUCCAACCUCAUAGACAUAUUUGUCAGUCUGUCGCGGGUGGACGGGAUGUACUUCGUCUGCAACAGAACCGAAACGUACUUUAAGUUCCUGGCCGACAUGAUCCAGCACAUCCCGCUCAACCUGCGGUCGCGCUACGUCUUCUGUACCGCCCCCAUCAACAAGAAGCAGCCCUUCGUCUGCACCUCGUUCCUGAAGUUUGCUCGCCAGUUCAGUCGAGAUGAUCCGCUGACGUUCGAACUGGGUCUGUCGUGGCAAAACCGCUGGCCGCUCCCAACGCCGAAAAACAUCAAAGACCCGGUCCACCUGGAGCGGCAGCAGGCAACGAUUUCCUCGAGGCUGUAUCUGUGGUUGAGCUACCGCUUCAUGGACAUGUUCCCGGACACGGCGGGGGUGCGGGAGAUCCAGCACGUGCUGGACGACACCAUCCAGCAGGGCGUGCGCAACAUCACCCGGCUCAUCCGAGCCACGGCCGGUGGCCGGGGCCGCGGCGCUGGGGCGUGGCGGCGGCGGCGGCGGCGGCGGCGGAGGCGGCGAGGCAGGGGCGCCUCCAACAGGGCUCCCCGGUUAGGGGUGGGACAGAGCAGCUCCCUGGCCAGCCGCCUGGUGAAGGACGGGCUGCUGACCCCCGACCUGCUCCGACAGCUGCAGAGCGAGUGGUCCAAAGAGGCCGCGCCCCCGAGACCGGAAGGACCGAGGAAGAACAAGAAGAAAUGAUGAUGAUGAUGAUGACGCGCCGUUCGUCGUCAUGGCGCCCCGUGUGCUGGUUUCGCCGCCGACGGUGUAACAAGGACUCGCUUGUGGAGGAUUGUUUGUUGAAAACAGUGCAUUCUGGGAGAAUCAAGGACCCGUCCAAUGGGCUGUUCCAUCUUAGAAGCCCCAUAUGAGUAUGUAACAUAUAAGUGUUUGUUAGCGUCGGAAAUCACACCCCCUUCGUCAUUUGAUAGGUUCAAAUGAUGAUGGGAUUAAAAGAGUUUCAAGAUGUUUC